AUGAGUGAAGUGUGGCAAGUUUUUGAUAAAAGCAUGUGUGGUCAGAGAGCUAUAUGCAGCAUUUGUUAUAAGUCUUAUGCUAACUCAGGUACAAAUACGACCAAUUUAUGGUCCCACUUAAAAUCUAGACACGGAAAUAAAUAUUUAGAACUGGACCAUAUCAGAAGAGGCCUAUCAAUUACCAACGUUAGUGCAAUUAAUCCUCAAGAAGAUGCAAAUAUAGAUUUAGAUGGUCCAUCUACAAGUAAAUUAGUUUUGAAGCAACCGUUAUUACCCACAACAAAAAAGGGCAAUGUAAUUAGUAACCAAAGCUUGAUGUCUUCAUUCACUUUAACAAAGGCAUCACAAACGAAAAUUGAUGCAGCAUUAGCAUAUUUCAUUGCCGUGGACAUGAUGCCUUACAAUAUUGUAGCCAAAGAAGGAUUUAAACUCUAUACAAAGGCUCUAAAUUCAAGCUACAAUAUUCCUAGUAGAAAGACCAUCACUGAUUCCAAAAUACCAAAAAUGUAUAAUGAAACAAAAACCAACAUUGAGUCCAUUAUCAAUAACACUUAUUUUUCGUCAUUCACAACUGAUUGUUGGACAUCUGGAUCAAACAAACCAUUUUUGGCUUUAACUGGUUCUGUAUGCUUAGGGUGUGUAGAAUUAUCAGAAGAUCACACUGGGGAAAACAUGGCUGAUACAUUGCAAUUAUUAUUAUUGGAUUAUAACUUAUCUGUUCCAAGUAAUAAUGUGUGUGCUUUUACAACUGAUUAUGGAGCAAACAUGUUAAAGGCUAUACAAAAUUUAAGAGUUCCACAUGUACCCUGCUUUGGCUACGCUUUUAACACUGCUGUCGGUAAUAUUUUCAAACUUGAAGACAUACAAAUUGUUAUACACAAAGUACAAAGUAUUCAAAAUAUAUUCUCAUAUAGUUGGCAAGCAACCAGAGAGUUGGAAAUCGAACAAGAGCGUUUUUCUUUAAAAAAAAUUAAAUUACCAUCAUACUCUAAAACUAGAUGGUGGUCAUUACUAGAUUUAAUAUUAGUAGUAUUAGAUCAAGAACUAGGAUUAUCUAGUUUUCUGAAAACGUAUAAAAAAGGACAUUACAAAAAGUUAAUUUUGUCAGAUGAAGAAAUUGAUGUUUUAAAAUGCACAACUACAGUUUUAAAACCAGUACGUGAAAUAACGGACCAUUUGGCUGGAGAGAAUUACGUUACAGCAUCAGCUAUAUAUCCGGUCAUAUUUAAUUUGAAAACCAAAUUAUCUGAAGCUGUUAAUGCAAAUAAUAAUGAAAAUGCUUCUGACAAUAAGUGCAAAGAAAUUAAAACAAAAAUAUUUUCUUGUAUAAUUACGGUUCUUGACAAACGUUAUGACAAUAAUACUGUGUUACAAAUUUCAAUGGUUUUAGACCCACGCUUCAAAACAACAUUUAUUGCCUCAGAAGAAGUUGUUGAAAUCAAAAAAAAUAUUAUUGAAAAAUGCCUGAAAUCUUGGACAGAAUGGUCUACCAACACCAGAACAGGAAUAACUAGUGAUGAAGCUAAUUCUGUACUUCCACUGGAUAUUCCUAAUCAAAUUACUCAGAAAAAAAAAAAGACUGGGUUCUCUGCCAUUUUUUAUGAAUCCAUCAACAACGAAAAUGAUGAAGAAACUGAAGAAACUAUAUUAUCGAAAAUAGAAAAAGAACUUCAAUUGUAUGUUGAAUUUUCAAAAGUUCCAUAUGACCAAGACCCUUUAAAGUGGUGGUCUUUAAAUAAUGGCACAUAUCCACUCUUGAGUAUUCUGGCUAAAAAAUACCUAUCAAUACAAGCAACAAGUGUUGCAUCUUAA